AUGGGGCACGCCACCAUUUUUGCAGGCGUAAAGUUGGGAGGGGCGUGUCAUGGGUCAAACUGUUCAGAAAGCCACUUAAGCCUGGACACGCCCCUAACUCCACUCCCUCCUCUGCCUGAAUGCCACGCUCCGCCUCACUUCCACCCACACUCGGGUGCAGCCCUCAGGUGCCGCUGCCCUCGAGUGGAGCGGCGCUCAGGCGGCCCCCCACCCAUGUUACUCCCUCCCACUGUAGCAGCACCGGUCGUACGCCAGCUCAAACCCUUCCUGUGCCCAUGUAGCGACUCGUCUGCUCCCAAAAGACUUUCCGCACCCCCUCUCUUGAUUGUGUUUGUACGGACUAGUUAUUACCAACAUGCCUUGGCCAUGGCAUUUGCGGUGAAGGAAAUCAACGAAAACCUCCAGCUCUUGCCCAAUAUCACCUUGGGCUUCCACAUCCGUGAUAAUUACAUGAAUGACCGAGAUACCUAUCAUGCUACAAUACAGCUUCUCUCUGCAAAGACCAAAUUUAUUCCCAACUACAAGUGUGACUUCCAGAACAAUCUGAUAGCAGUUGUUGGAGGAGCUCAGGCGAGAACUUCUGUCUACAUAGCAACUGUGCUAUCCAUCUACAACAUUCCACAGAUGGUCCCAAAUGAAGUCCAGCAGUACAAGGGGAUUCUGCAGUUAAUGCUGCAUUUCAGAUGGAUGUGGAUUGGGCUCAUUGUUGUGGAUGAUGAACAUGGAGAAAGAUUUCAGCAAGCCAUGCUUCCUCUGUUUUCUCAGAAUGGCAUCUGUGUUGCCGUCAUAGCAAAAAUCCAUCACACCUCUAGGAUAACUGAUUAUUUUGACAUGAUCCAAAAUCAACUGAAAAAUUAUGACAUGCUUCAUCAUUUUCUGAAAAGUAUCUCAUUUAACAACAGUGCUGGGGAGAAAAUUUCAUUUGAUGGUAGCAGAGAAGUUGCAACAGGGUAUGAUAUUAUCAACCAGCUUGCUUUCCCAAAUCGAUCAUUUUUCAAUGUGAAAAUUGGGGAGGUUCAUCCAGAAGCUCCAGCAGACCAAAUGCUUACCAUUAAUGAAGAGAGGAUCACAUGGAACAAUUGGUUUAACAAGACGCAGCCCCUUUCUGUCUGUAGUGAAAGUUGCCAUCCUGGUUCAAGGAAGCAAAUGAAGGAAGGGGAACAAUUUUGCUGCUAUGACUGCAAUCCUUGUCCAGAAGGGAAGAUUUCUAGUCAGAAGGACUUGGAUGAGUGUACCCAGUGCAGACAAGAUCAUUAUCCAAAUCUGGAACAAAAUCAGUGCAUUCCCAAAGCCAUCAUUUUUUUGUCUUACAAAGAGCCACUGGGAAUCUCUUUAGUGACUUUUGUCAUUUCCUUUUCUUUCAUCACUCUUUUCAUACUAGGAGUCUUCAUAAAGCACCACAGCACCCCCCUUGUCAAAGCCAACAACAGGAACCUCACCUAUUCUCUCCUGAUCUGCCUCCUCCUUUGCUUCCUUUGUGCCCUUCUCUUCAUUGGUCAACCACAACUGGUGUCCUGUCUCCUUCAACAAAUCAUUUUUGGCGUGGUUUUCUCAGCUGCUAUUUCUUGUGUGUUGGCAAAAACUGUCACGGUGGUUCUAGCUUUCCUUAGCAUCCAACCAGGAAGCAGCCUGAGGAAGUGGGUGGGGAAAGGAGUGGGCAAUUCAAUUGUGAUUUUCUGUUCCUUUUUCCAAGCAGUCCUUUGUUUUGUGUGGCUGGCCACUUCUUCCCCAUUUCCAGAUGCUGACAUGCACUCAGAGACUGAAACAAUUGUACUGGAAUGCAAUGUGGGGUCUAUCACAAUGUUUUAUUGUGUCUUGGGCUACAUGGGCUUCCUGGCCAUUGUGAGCUUUGUGGUGGCUUUCUUGGCCAGGAAGUUACCUGACAGUUUUAAUGAAGCCAAAUUUAUCACUUUCAGUCUCUUGGUCUUUUGCAGCGUUUGGAUAUCUUUUGUUCCCACCUACCUGAGCACCAAGGGGAAAUAUAUGGCGGCUGUGGAGAUCUUCUCCAUCUUAUCCUCCAGUGCUGGCCUUUUGGGUUGCAUUUUUGCCCCCAAAUGUUACAUUAUGUUGCUGCAUCCUGAACUAAACAACAGGGAAUAUAUGAUAAGAAGAAAAAUGCAAUAA